CAGUUUAUUCCAGUCCCUCCCAGUAUAUCCCAGUCCAGAUGCGGCUCUCGGCGGCUCUCGGCUCCGUCCCGCGGCUCCUCGAGGGGAAAGUGGCGCUGGUGACGGCGGCGACGGACGGGAUCGGUCUGGGCGUGGCCGAGGCGCUGGGCGGGGCCGGGGCCCGCGUCUUCCUCAGCUCCCGACGCCCCCAAAACGUCCAACGGGCCCUGGAGCGGCUCCGGGGGCGGGGCCUACAGGUCAGUGGUACCACCUGCCACGUGGGCCGGGCCGAGGAUCGCGAGAGGAUGGUGCAGGAGGCCCUGUCCACCUUCGGCGCCAUCGACAUUCUGGUGUCCAACGCCGCCGUCAACCCCCACCUGGGCCCCGCCCUGGAGGCCGACGAGCGCACCUGGGACAAGGUGUUCCAGGUGAACGUGACGGCGGCGGCGAUGCUGAUCCAGCUCGUGGUGCCCCACAUGGAGAGGCGCGGGGGCGGGGCCAUCGUGGUGAUGUCAUCGAUCGCCGGCUACCAGCCAAUGGCGGGGCUGGGCCCGUACAGCGUCAGUAAAACCGCCCUGCUGGGAUUGGUCAGCGCCCUCAGCCCGGAGCUGCUGCCCCGCGGGAUCCGCAUCAACGGCGUCGCCCCGGGGCUGAUCCGCACCCGCUUCAGCGCCGCCGCUGGGCUCCCCGCAGGACGUGGCUCAGGCCGUGCUGUUCCUGGUGUCCCCCAGCGCCGCCUUCGUGGCCGGACAGACCCUGCUGGUGGCCGGGGGGGCGCGGCCCCGCCUCUGACCCCGCCCUCCUCAUUAAUAUGCAGAUUUAUGCUAAUUAGACGUGAAAUAAAAUCGAUUAUAUUGCUGCAUGUUGGUACUGGUGGUUACUGGUUUGUACUGGUUUGUAUAGGUUUGUACUGGGAGGCACUGGGAGGAGUCCAGACACAACUCUGACCACGCCCACCUCAU